UCCUACCUCCUAUUUUUUAUCAUACCAUACCAUGUCAGGAUUUGAAGACUACUUUUCUGUUCAGGUGUUUCUCAUAGUGUUGAGGGAAACCUUAGAGCUGGCCAUCAUCAUCUCUGUGCUCUUAGCCUUCGUCCAACAGAGCUUCAAGCCAAAAGAGGCCGUGAAAUAUGAUAGCAUACGCGAGCCAGACUCACUGGACGAAUCUGCCUCCACCUAUAAAUAUCUUCGUCUUCAAAUAUGGGCUGGUGGACUUUUAGGCCUUGUCUUAUGCCUCUUCAUCGGGUCGAUAAUCUUAAGUGUAUUCUACAUUCUAGGUAAUGACUUGUGGGCGGUGGCAGAACAUUAUUGGGAAGGAACCUUCUCUAUUCUCGCCAGUAUAAUCAUUUCCGUAAUGGGCAUCAAGAUUUUGAGAGUCAGCAAAAUGCAAGAAAACUGGAAGAGGAAGUUGUCAGCUAUUCUAGUCAAUUCUGAUUCUUUGAACAAGGCAGUGGAAGGACAUAAAUCCAAUUCGUGGAGCGUCUGGUCAGAAAAAUACUCCAUGUUCAUUCUUCCUUUUGUAACGACACUUCGAGAAGGAAUGGAGGCGAUAGUUUUUAUCGGAGGAAUCGGCAUCAACGAGAACACUCUGAUUCAAGCAAUUAUUAACUCCCUAAUUGUUGCAGUGGUAAUAGGCAGUUCUAUUGGUGUACUCCUAUACCGUUCGGGCAAUACGCUUUCGUUGCAAUGGUUCCUUAUCACUUCAACAUGUUUCCUAUACUUGGUGGCUGCUGGAUUAUUCUCCAAAGGCGUCUGGAAUUUCGAGCUUCAACAGUUCAUCAACAAAUGUGAUGGGUUCGAUGUUAGCGAGACGGGCCAUGGUCCCGGGUCCUAUGACAUCAGUAAUAGUGUCUGGCACGUGAAUUGUUGUAAUGGAGAACUUCAAGAUGACGAUGCUUUUUGGAUGAUGUUUACUGCUAUCUUUGGGUGGACCAAUUCCGCAACCUAUGGAAGUAUUUUUGGAUACCUAUUCUAUUGGAUUGUUGUAAUUGCAGCUUUUAGUGCAUUGCUCCACGAAGAAAAGAACGGCCAUUUGCCAGUAAUACCCUUAAAAUGGCAAGCUAAAAGAAUGAGGAAGAGGAUAGGCUUAAAUAACUUGCCUACCCCUACGAGGGAAAGUAUUGAUUCGAUCAACUCUGAAACUCCAUUAGUGGGUUGA